AUGUUUUCUCAACUUGUCCGGAGUGUCAAGGAGACCUUGUGGAACGUGCCUAGUCCCGUGCCUUCUGCCAUAGUAUUCGAGAUUUCCAGCAUUUUAUCAUUGGCUGGGUACAUUACUAAAUGUUUCGCCCGCAUCGUGAGCGGCGCCAUCGUUAGGACAGAGUUACAACUUGUUAAAUGCUGCAUCUCUUUCUAUCAACCCUACUUUAUUGGCUCGUCCACUUAUUCACACAAUUCUGUUCUCUCAUUUCCUCCCAUGUCGCCUAAGAGUGUGUCGGUACAAGGGGGUAUAGUGAAGCGUAAUCAUCUCCACCACCGAUACCUGGUGCCGUUUGCAGGUAUCCUGACUUUCAUUCUGCCUCCCCUUUUUUUCACCCCCACUCGACAAUUGGCCGCUGCUAAACAUCAAAGUCACUGUUUGGCUGUCGGAAAUCUGGCUGUCUAA